AUGGUUGUGGUGCAGAAAGACGCCCAAGGAAGGCAGGUAAUUUGCAGGACCGAUGCCGAUGAAAAAGAAGGGUUUACCUUCCUAUCGAUAAUGGACAAGGUCGAUGUAUUCCCGCCUGAUUAUGAGCAGCUGGACGGGUUUAAAGAGAACGUUUACUAUUUAGUGACUCAUCAUGACGUUAAAGUAGGUUUUGUGUGUAGAUUUGUGCUUGAAGAGAUGAUGACUGUGGUGCCCACUUCUCUGUUUCAAGAAACAUUUACUGUAGACAACGAAAGACACUUCAUUCGGUUCAAUUCCGAAAUCUUUGAAACCAGAAACACGCAGCUUGAUCAGAUAGCCAGAUUGAUGCAGAAAAACCCACAGUCAAAGAUUCAAGGAUUGAAGGGUUGGAGAGACGAACAAUACGCGAUCUGGAUCAAGAAAACCCCGUACGUUCUUGUCGAGCGUGCUUUAUCCGGUGCCCUCGGGAUCAUUACAUUAGGAGCCCACAUCAAUGGGUAUGUAAUUGAUUACGCUACUCAAGAAAUUAAACUGUGGAUCUCGAGAAGAGCCGCUACAAAACCCACCUGGCCUCUUAUGUUAGACAAUAUCAUUGCUGGUGGGCUCGGAUAUCCGUAUGGACCUUACGAAACUGCAGUUAAGGAAAGUUUGGAGGAAGCCAAUUUAGAAAAACCGAUCAUAGAAAGAUACCUUAAAUCUGUUGGGGUAGUUUCUUAUUUCUACUAUCAAGGUAACGCACAAAAGGACAUGUUCAACUCAGAGGGCUCCUUCAUUACUGGAGAAGCGCAGUUUCUGUACGACUUGGAACUACCUCCAACCGUGAUUCCCGAACCAAACGACGGUGAAGUAGACUCAUUUACUCUCAUGUCGCUACAAGAGGUGGUGGAUGCAUUGAAAAACGGUGAAUUUAAGCCCAAUUGCGCUAUGGUAACACUGGAGUUCCUUAUCAGACAUGGCUAUGUCACGGCCGAAAAUGAGCCUAAUUAUCUUACAAUCUUGAGUAAGAUGCAUAGACGCUUCCCUUUCCCAACGUUAAGCUAA